UGAGUCUGAGCUAUCAUGGCUUCUAAAAGUGGAGUUAAAAAUCAACUGAAUGGAAGAAUCUCAAACAAGUUUCACCGCGCUGUAUCAGUAGGUGAUUCACUGUAUGUAGUAUGGGGUGGUGAUCAGGAUGGUUUACCUAAAGUACAUGAUAGUGAAGAGAAGAGAAGGAUCACUAGCAAUAUACAGCACUUUACUCCUUCAACUGGUCAAUGGGUCACUAGAGGUACUACUGGUACUCCUCCAUUAGGAGUGAUUGAAUACUGCUGUACUGCAAUAAAUGAUUUAUUGUAUUAUUUCGGGGGCUAUUGUGGCCAUGACAACUGCUAUCACAACAGUAUUACACUACUGGAUACCGUUAAUCUUCAAUGGAGAGAAUUAGAACUAACUGAUGCAACUAGACCAGUUAUGAGGAGAUCUGGUGGUGGAAUGAUAUCAUUUGAACAUGAUGGAGUACACCAUUUACUAAUGAUAGGAGGGUAUGGUUCUAAACCAGCUGUACAACUACCUUAUUAUAAAUAUAAUAAGUUAACUAAUGGAAAUUGGCGUACUAAUGAGCACUCAAUCUAUGAUAUAUCAUCAAGAAAAUGGAGUAAUCCUUCAAUCAUUGGUCAGUGUAUACCCUCUUCUUCUGGCUUCAUCAUUGAAAAGAUCAACAACACUAGAGCUGUUCUGUUUGCCGGUGGAGCAAAGACUUUUACAAACAAUAUUUAUAUAUUAGAGAUAUCAAUCAAUACUGUGUUCUGGGAGUGUAUAAAGAAACCUGAAAAAAUAGACCAAUGGCCUGUGGGUAGAUCCUAUCAUGCAGGUGCUAUUAUUAUAACUGCAUCAGACAGUCCAAUGCUAGUGAUAAGUGGUGGGUUGGAUGAGAAUAAUGAUAUAUUAGAUGACUGUUGGAUCUUUAACAUCACUCAACAUUCCUGGAUAAAGUUAGAUGUACCUCACUCUGUUAGUAAGAGAUGGGGCCAUUCUCUCUCAGUAUUCAUCAUGAGUCCUGGUUGUACUUGGAUAAUAACUGCUGGAGGGUUUACUGAUGAUAGCACUGCUAUGUUAACUGAAUUAGUUCACCACAGUAAUGGAGGAUGUCUGGUUGGUGAUACUUAUGAUUCUAAAUUGAUGACUAGUGAAUACUACAAGAAGAAGUAUCAGCAGCAACUACAGGCAGGAAGAAGAAUAUGGUUGGAGGAGUACCAGAAAUCAAGAAAAGAUACAGCUGAUGCUGAACAAACUGUGCUAACUUUUAUUCAGAGUCUUGAAGAGAGGGAAAAGGACAAGGAAAGAGAAGCACACAUAUAUUGUCAACAACUUGAGCAGAAAGAAAAAGAAGAAGCAGAGAAAGAUCAAGGAAUAAGAAGAUAUUGCCAUUUGCUACAAGAGAAGAAAAGAAAGGAGGCAGAGAAAGAGGAAAGAUAUCAUAAGCAGUUACAGGAGAAGGAUAGGGAGCUACAGGAGAAGGACAGGAAACUACAGGAGAAGGAUAGGAAGCUACAGGAGAAGGAUAGGGAGCUACAGGAGAAGAAUAGGAAGCUACAGGAGAAGGAUAGGGAGCUACAGGAGAAGGAUAGGGAGCUACAGGAGAAGGAUAGGGAGCUACAGGAGAAGGAUAGGGAGCAUCAGGUGGUAAUGCUGGAGCUACAGGAGAAUCAGGAGGCACUACAACGAAAAGAUAGAGAGCUACAAGAGAAAGAUAGGGAGCUACGCCAGUCUGAAGAGGCUGUUCGUAGGCUCCAGCAACAAGCACUUACUGAUGAUCACUGGGUUAUUAAUGAUAAAGAUGAGGUGACUUUGACAAAGGAAGAGUUAGGAAGAGGAUCUUAUGCUGUUGUUACAGUUGGUAUCUUUAGAGGUUUAAGAGUAGCUGUCAAGUCACUUCAUAAGAUCAUCAUCUCAGAUUAUAAUAGAGGUAUCUUCUCCAGGGAAAUGAAUAUAGCAUCACAAGUACGUCAUCCUAACCUGGUCCAGUUUAUUGGUGCAACUAAAGUGGGAAAUCCUCUUAUCUUGACCGAGCUGAUGAGCACUAAUCUUUAUCAGGAGCUGCAAAGAAACCGAUUAACCAAUCAUCAGAUUCAUAGUAUUGCCCAAGAUGUAGCUUUAGCCCUCAACUACCUUCACCUUUUUAAGCCUCUGCCUAUUAUUCACAGAGAUGUCAGCAGUCCUAACGUAUUAUUAAAGCCUUGCACUGGACCUGGUGGUUAUGAAGCCAAAGUAGCAAAUUAUGGUGCAGCUAAAUUGCAACAAGGCACUAGUACUGGUACUGUUAUGCCAGGCAAUACUGCAUAUGCUGCACCAGAGGCUCGUGAUCCUGAUCAACACAGUCCAGCAAUGGAUGUAUACAGUUACUCUGUUCUCCUUAUGGAAAUGAAUUUACGUUGUCCACCAGGAAUGACAACAGCAGAGAGAAAAGUUCAAUCUGAUAGUGUCUCUUGGUCUGAUAUGAAGUCUCUCAUACAAAGAGGAAUUCGUGCUAAACGUAAUGAGCGUCCUACUAUGGCUCAAGUAAUAGAGUCAUUGAAAAGAAUGAAGACUUGAUUAUAAUUGUUGCAUGCCUUUAAUUGGUUCAUUUAAUCCUUACUGUGUUGACUGCUGCCAUUAUUAUUAUGUAUAUAUAUAUAUGCUUUAGGUGUUAUGUACUCUUGCUGUUGCUUAUUAUUCUAUUUCAGUAUUUUCUUUUUUAUUUGUGGUGUGGUUACUCUUGCCAUUACUAUCUAGUUUUUCUCAGUUGUUUGAGUUUCAGUUGUAGUAAAAAAAUUUUUC